CACUGCACACACUGUGGUGUUUAUUCAUUCCUUCUUCUUUGUCACCAAAGCUCAGAGUCUGACUACAAUGGCGAGUGAAGAGAAAGCCGGAGGUAUGACUGUGGUCGUUACAGAUUUGCCUCUGGAGUACGAGAUGGACAACAAGCAGCGAGGGCUGGCCCUCAUCUUCAACCAGGAACAUUUUGACUGGAAGUUGAAACUGAAGCAACGUCGUGGUACGGCUACAGACAAAGCUAACCUCACUGAAAGAUUUCAAGAGUUAGGGUUUAAAGUCAAAGCAUAUGAUGAUAUAAAAAAGAAGAAAAUGCUGCGAAUAAUAAGAAAAGCCGCUGAGGCCGACCAUACAGAUGCUGACUGCUUUGUGUGUGUUUUCCUGAGUCAUGGGGAAGAUGGCCAUGUCUUUGCCCAUGAUAAGAAGGUUGACAUUAAGAAAAUUACAGCACUCUUCAGAGGAGACAGAUGCAGAAGCCUUGUAGGAAAGCCCAAGAUCUUCAUCUUCCAGGCAUGCCGUGGUACAGUUCAUGAAAAUGCAGUGACCCCCAUGGGAGGGGACAGCGAGAUGUCCAGUGAGGUGGUGGAGAAAGCUGCCAUCCUAUGUACACUCCCAGCAGGGGCAGAUUUCCUCAUGUGCUACUGUGUAUCUGAGGGAUUUGUGUCCUUUCGCAACAUAUACACUGGCUCAUUCUACAUUCAGGACCUGUGUGAAACACUGCAAGAGCAUGGCUCAACUCUGGAGUUCACUGAGCUCCUGACCCUCAUCAACCUAAAAGUGUCCAGACGCUGUGCUGCAAAUGAUAAACAAAUGCCCUGCUUCACCUCCAUGCUCACCAAGAAACUCUACUUCAGACCCAAGAAGGAAUGCAACACGACUUGGAGCAGCACGACUUGGAGCAACAAUUCAUUUUGUUUGUUACCCAAAAGGUGCUGGAAUCAAUAGACAAUCGGUGCAUUUAAGUGUUGAAA